GCUUUCUCGAUUGUCUUAGGUCGCGCGGAUUUCAGCUCCGCAAAUUCUCGAGGCUGCGUUUCGGAUUCGAGGUUUUGUUGGUGAUGGUGAAUGUCAUGAUUUGUACCCUGCGGAAGGUUUUCUGUCAAGGCUAUGGCAAUUUUUGAUUUCGCCAUGGAACUUGUUGUACUCAGCGAAGCAGUUUGGAAGCCGUGAGACGUUCCGUGGAGGCUGUUCGGAUUUUGGAUUGCAAGCGUGUUCCCGGUUACUGGUUUGCUGUUAAGCGGAUUGUGGGUGUUGCUGUCUAGGAAUUUAGAGGGACAUCAUCGGCGUUUGGGCGUCAUGCAAGGGGGAAAGAAGCAGUAUGGUUUGCAGCUGCAAAUCAAAGGGCCUCCGAAGAAGUUGACUGCUAGAUCUGCGCCUGCUCCUGCUUUCCGUUUCAUCGACGGAGAUGACGAAGACGGUGUUGAAAGCGAUAUUGCCCGCCAGGCGAAUAAAAAACGAAGUGUUCGAGAGGUCGAGCAGCAGUACCAAAAGGCCUUGGAAGAGGACCCUACGGCAUUCGAUUAUGAUGGGGUUUAUGAGGAGAUGAAGGGUAACCAAGUUCGCUCCAUUCAUGAGGAUCGUGCAAAACGUGAGCCCAAGUACAUUGGAAAGCUACUUCAGAAAGCGAAAGAGAGAUCUAGAGAACAAGACAUAGUUUAUGAACGUCAACUCGCCAAGGAGAGAGAAAAAGAAGAUCACUUGUAUGGGGACAAGGAGAAGUUUGUUACUGGAGCAUACAAGAGGAAGCUCCAGGAACAAGCUAAAUGGUUGGAAGAAGAACGUCGCAGAGAGCUGGAAGAACAGAAGCACGAGGUGACGAACAAGAGUGAUAUGAGUGAUUUCUAUCGCAAUCUGCUUAAGAGCAACGUUGCAUUUGGCGCAAACAAUACUCCCAAACCAGCUCAGAAGGACGCAGAGCUCCCUGGGCCACCAUCACAGGUGGAGGAUGAGACCAAGCCGUCUACGAGCACUGCUCCUGAUGUUGACCUUGAUUCUGGUUUAAAGAGGGAAGAAAGGCGAGAACAGUCACGGGACAAAGAGGAUAAAAACUAUGGGCGCAGAGGUUCUGAAAUUAGGGACAGGAAUGAAUCUAUGUCUCCAUCAGCAAAUCGAUCACGAAGUAGGGAUCGUGUUGAUAGGAAUAUCGACAAGGAUGAUCUAAGGCCAAGCCACAAGGAGAAAUCCGUAGUGGAUACAGCACAAGAUGAAGAAAUUGGUGCUACGAAGGAAACUAAAAUUAGUGAAUCUAAGGAUGUGAAAAAACCUGCCGUAGAUCCAGUAGCUGCAGCUAAAGAGCGAUACUUGGCUCGAAAGCGGCAACGCGGUCUGUAAUUUCAGGAACCACAAACAAUUCUUUGAUCAAAAUCUCUGCCAGUCCUAAUCCUGGUAUGGUUGACCGAACUGCCCCAUCACAGUACUGCAACCGUAACCUUUCACCGAGCGGCACCAUCCUAAAAUACGCUACACCGUGAGUUGUAAGUACCCCUUCAAGUACAAUUUUUCUACUGUGAACAAUGGUUUUGAAAAUCUGUUGACAUCCCGUCGGCAGAGGGUUUUGUCAGGCUUCAGGAUUAGAAACUCGUUAUCAAGGGGUUUCUAGCCGCUGCUGAAUCCCGGCUGAACUGAACAGAAAUAACGGCUGUUCGGAAAAUCAAGCAUGGAGGGAGGGUAGAGACCCCGUUGCAUGCAGAGGAGUUAGUGCCUUCUAAUACCUUUUAGCCAUUAGUACUAGUCGAAUAUGCAGGUAAUUGCAUAUGACCACAUGUGUUGAACAGUGUGGUGAAAAUCCUGUAUUUGUGUGAUGACUUUCUAACUCAUUUCAAGAAUUAGGAUGAUGUAGUUGCAUUCGAGUCUCCGCAAUGUCCCUCUCCUCUUGUCACAUGCCGCUGUGUGAGGAAAUCUAUGUAACAGUAAUUCAGGGUUACACAAAAUUUGAAAAGAUCCUGUAAUGAAAGUUUUUUGAGAAUGGAAUCACUUCCAAAAAUUGCAAGGUA